GGAAUAAGAGCGGUAACUCGUCACAUGCAACAUACCCAUCAGUCAGUCGGAUCAGAGGUCCGGCAAGACGGUCACAUCGAACAUGCCAAUCGAUCAGUUGGGUCAGAGGUCCGACAAGAUGCUAUCAGACUUUCAGCGCAACUAUUUAAGUCCCCCAAACCACACUUCUGUAGACACAAAGCCCAACUUUCUGCACAUCAUUCCUCAAUCGCCCAGUGUUGAAAUACUUUGACUUCUCUAUCCCACAGUCCUGAUCGUUCUAGAAGUCAACAUGGCCCGCCAACAUCUUGCUAGUCUUCUGUUCUUGCUUGCCUUGUCGCCUAUUGCACAGGCCCAGAUCGAGACGCCAUGCACCUUCCAGGAGUAUAUAUGUGGCUCAACGCUACUCGCGAAUGGAUACGUUGAGGAAGAUUUGAGAGCUGGAUUUACACUUAACCCCGAUGCUCCAAUCAUCUCUGAUGCCCAACUCGAUCGAGUCCUCUUUCGCUGCGUCGACCAAAUCGGCACUAUUGUAGGCAACUCCUUCUGCAUCGUUGGUUGUGCUUCGAUUGGCACAGAUAUCGACAAUGAUAUGUGCACUAUGUGAGAUGGGGCGGUUAUUGCGAUGGCUAUGGUCUGGGUGUAUGGAAGAAUAAGGUUUUGGAGUUGAGAUGGAUAAUGAUCAUGGCACUACUACUCUUUUUUUCCCCUCUUGGAGGUUGUUAGAGGGUGUUUUUUAAUGAGAGUAGUGAAUGAUGAAAGUGUGUGUGUGUUUAAUGGCAUGUUCCCUCAUCAGUGUACUUGGCACUUGCUCUUCAUCAUGCACAAACAGUAUCAAGAUCAUUCAGAUAAUGCUAGUGUAGGCAGGAGGAACUAGAUCCGGAGACCUCAUUUGAGCAAAUCGGGAAAGAAAACGGUCCGCUCAUAGAGCUGGAAAAUCACCGGCAUGUAGGUAGUAACUAAAGUGUCGCCGUUGAUGCAAUAAUAUUGGCUGGCU